AUGUCUCCGGGACAGUUUUUUGCUGUGAAAGCCCAAAAGAAACUGGUCAUCAUUCUGGAAAAUAAGCAAGAUCUGAUGGUGUGCCCAGGUUCUUCUGAGCCAGUCAGAAAUCAGAACCUGAAAGCAGUGACCAAUCAAGAAGAAGAUGAAAAGUCUUUAUUUUACAUCAUACGACAACCUCCACGAUUUGGCAAGCUGUUGAGUAGCCAGAAGAACAAGGGAGAAGAGCUGAGAAAUUUCACCCAAGCUGAGGUGAAUGCUGGGGUGAUUGCAUACCACCACGACAUGCCACCAGAACCUUUCUGGGUCCAUGAGGAUAAUUUCCACUUCCAAAUUUCUUCUCCCUCGGGGACCACAGGCCUAUUUGUUCUCGGCGUGAUGAUAUCGUUCGAGGCCAGCUGUCCUCAGGGCUCCUCUCAGCUGUGGAGAAAUAAAG